CACCCAUAACAAUGGAGGAAUACGAUAAUUUUGGUAAUCAUAAUCUGGAUGUCUCUUGUCUGGGCGGAGUCCACACACCCAUAACAAUGGAGAAAUACGACAAUUUUGGUAAUCAUAAUCUGAAUGUCUCUUGUCUGGGCGGAGUCCACACACCCAUAACAAUGGAGAAAUACGACAAUUUUGGUAAUCAUAAUCUGAAUGUCUCUUGUCUGGGCGGAGUCCACACACCCAUAACAAUGGAGGAAUACGAUAAUUUUGGUAAUCAUAAUCUGGAUGUCUCGUGUCUGGGCGGAGUCCACACACCCAUAACAAUGGAGGAAUACGAUAAUUUUGGUAAUCAUAAUCUGGAUGUCUCUUGUCUGGGCGGAGUCCACACACCCAUAACAAUGGAGAAAUACGAUAAUUUUGGUAAUCAUAAUCUGAAUGUCUCGUGUCUGGGCGGAGUCCACACACCCAUAACAAUGGAGGAAUACGAUAAUUUUAGUAAUCAUAAUCUGGAUGUCUCUUGUCUGGGCGGAGUCCACACACCCAUAACAAUGAAGAAAUACGAUAAUUUUGGUAAUCAUAAUCUGAAUGUCUCGUGUCUGGGCGGAGUCCACACACCCAUAACAAUGGAGGAAUAUGAUAAUUUUGGUAAUCAUAAUCUGGAUGUCUCGUGUCUGGGCGGAGUCUACACACCCAUAACAAUGGAGGAAUACGAUAAUUUUGGUAAUCAUAAUCUGGAUGUCUC